AUGUCGUCCUUCUUCGGCCUCUCGAAAACGCGCACCUUCAAGCCAAAGCGCAACAUUCCCGAGGGUACCAAACAGUACCAGCUCAAGCGAUAUGCCGAAGCGACACUCGGCAGCGGCAACCUCCGACUCGCCGUCAUCCUCCCCGAAGGCGAGGAUCUCAACGAAUGGCUAGCCGUCAACACGGUCGACUUUUUCAACCACGUCAACAUGCUCUACGGAACCAUCACCGAGUUCUGCACACCCACCGAAUGUCCCGUCAUGUGCGCAGGUCCACGAUUCGAGUACCACUGGCAAGAUGCCAACUCUGCGCUCUACCGUCGUCCCACCAAGAUGUCGGCACCGGAGUAUGUCGAUUGCCUGAUGAGCUGGGUUCAGUCUCAGCUGGACGAUGAGAACCUGUUCCCGAGCAAGAUCGGCGUUCCUUUCCCCAAGAACUUCCCCGCCGUCGUCAAGUCCAUUUUGAGGAGGCUCUUUAGGGUCUACGCUCACAUCUACAACCAUCACUUUGCGCAGGUGUGCGCACUCAGCAUCGAGGCGCAUCUCAACACUUCCUACCGUCACUUUUUGCUCUUCAUCACCGAGUUCCAAUUGGUAGAACCGAGAGAACUGGCUCCAUUGGUAGAGCUCAACGAGGCAAUUCUGGGCGAAGCAUGA